AUGAAUAAAUUAAUCGGUAUAACGAGGAGUUUCUCAUCCUCCGCGUCUUUAAAUGCUGUUAAAACGGUGACUGUUGUCGGCGGUGGUCUUAUGGGAUCGGGAAUCGCACAGGUUGCAGCACAAGCCGGUCAGAAUGUGACAAUAAUAGACAUCAACCCGGAACUACUAGAAAAAGCCCAGAAGUCCAUUCACACAAAUCUUACAAGAGUUGGUAAGAAAUUGUACAAGGGUGAUGAGGCCAAGAUUGCAGACUUCGUGAAGGAGUCCGCUGAGAGGAUCCGUGUGUCCACCAACCUGGAAGAUGGGGCUGAUGUAGACCUGAUUGUGGAAGCUAUUGUGGAGAAGCUGGAUGUUAAACAGGAGCUGUUUAAUAAACUUGAUGUGCUGUCACCACCACGCACGAUCUUCGCCACCAACACUUCCUGCAUUUCUGUCAAUGCCAUCGGCGCUGGAAUCCAAAGAAAGGACCGUUAUGGCGGUCUUCACUUCUUCAACCCAGUGCCUGUGAUGAGACUGCUGGAAGUUAUAAAAUGCGAUAGCACUUCGGAAGAUACCUACCAGACUAUGAUGGAGUGGGGCAAGUCUGUUGGCAAGACCUGCAUCACCUGCAAGGACACGCCCGGGUUUGUUGUCAACAGACUCCUUGGACCGUACUCUGCUGAGGCUAUUAGAAUGCUGGAAAGAGGUGAUGCCUCCAAGGAGGAUAUAGACAUUGGUAUGAAGCUUGGAGCUGGUCUUCCAAUGGGCCCAUUCGAGCUGGCUGACUACACAGGUUUGGACACCAACAGGUUGGCCCAACAAGCUCUAUACUCUAUGACUAAAAACGAGGUUUUCGCGCCAAUCGAACUGCUUGAGAAAAUGGUGGCUGAAGGAAAAUAUGGAAUUAAAUCCGGCGAGGGAUUCUACAAGUACAAUAAGAAAUAA